UUAGGUAUUCUGACAUAUGUUAUUCAAAUUUAUAUUUAAUAUAUAUUUUUAUAGUUUUUUAGAAAUUUAAAGUAUAUAAAUAUAUAAUAAAGUUUAAAAUUUGAAAAGUAAUUUAAAUGUGUUAUUCGAACUCGAACCGAACCCGCAAAAAUCUGCAGCGAACCCGAACAGAAAUUUAGAAAUAUUAGAAUGAGGCUGAAAUCUUUGAUCCCGGAAACCCGAAACUCCAACACACCUGAACCGAACCCGAUUAGAUACCAUAUAGAUGAUAGUUUCUCAUAAUAUAAUGGACUUCAAAUUUUUUUAAAAAAUAUAAGCCAUUACUUUUUUUUCUCUUAAUAUACUGCUAUCCAUGUUUCCAAACAAACCUAUUUUUUAAAACUACAAUCUAUGUUUCCAAACAAAUAUCUUUUUUAAAACUGCAAUCCAUGUUUCCAAACAACCUUUUUUUCUUAAACUACAAUCUAUGUUUCCAAACAAUUUUUAAAAAUACAUAUUUCAAAAAAACCUAAUUUGUACUUGAGUUAUAAUAAGAUAAAUAUUGUGGCCAACAACAACAACACUAAAACGAAAUCUUCAAACUGAAACUUUAAUGAAAAUGAACAUCUCUAUUACGAAAUAUUUAAGUAAAAUCUUUAUUUGGCUGUACAAUAUUACACUACAAGAAAACACAAUUUUAACGACGAGAAUUAACGAGAAAAAAAAUAUCCUCGUAAAAUUACGUCUUUUUUUUAACUGGUUUUUCAUAUUAAAAGUGAAAAGAAAUAAAAUGAUACAAGCCUAAGACUUCUGUUUGUUAAAGCAGCCCAAUACUAAAUCAUACAACCCAAAAUACCACCAAAUCAAAAAUCAUAACUUAGCCCGAAUGGGCCCAAAUUGGAACAUAGAAAGUAACGGGGAGGGGAAUAAUUUCUCUCUUCAAUUAAGCAAAAGCGAUCAGGUUAACCACCGCUGCAUCAUGAUCGAAGCCGACGAGGGAUUAGCAUUGCGAUAGGAUAGUAUCAUGUCCUUCACUUGCCUGUCAAUUUGCCUGAUUAGAGAUGGAGCAGAACUGAAUGUAUUCCGAUGGAGCCUAGAGUUACGUUCCGACCAAGACCAGUAGAGACAUGAUUGCCAACAGAGGAGGGAGAGGAUUCCAAGGGCAGACCGGCGAUUCUGACGUUGUAGUUGAUCAAGCACUUUGUUCCAAUUUCUCUCAGAUUGCAGGCACACCGACGAGCAAGGGAACUCAAGAUUUCCCAAGUAUAGAAACAGUCGAAGAAGAGGUGAUCUCGGCUCUUAGCUUGCACGUUACAGAGCAGACAGAGUGGUGAAGUGGCAAGGCCCCAACCUAUCAUUUUGUCUCUUGUUGGAUACCGGUUGAGCACAAGCAGCCAAGAGAGGAAGCUUUGUCGAGGAAUACCUCCCUUGUUCCAAACUGUCUGGUGCCAAGGGACUGUAGGCAUGUGCUGCAACAGGUGAUCAUAAACUUGCCCUGUAAAGUACCUAUUGACCAAUUUUCCUCCAAUCUCCCAAACAUAAUAUUCUUUUUCAUUUAGGUAAAUGGUUGUUAGUAUGGUGUGGACCUCAACCUGAGAUUAUGAACGAGCAGGGGGAAUCUGCCAAGCACUGUUACUAUAGAGGGAUGCCAGGGGGAAUCUGCGAAAGCUCGAUUGUUGGACACGUUAUCCAACUGGAAGGAUGAUUAGAUCAUGAAGGGUUAUGAGCAGGGAAAACCCGCUGAGCUCACCACAGCUGUGUAGGAUGGCUUCAUCCGUUAUUGGAACCUGCAAUCGUUCAUUAAAGUCUCCAACAGUUGAUCUGCCUCCCGCCUGACAGGUCAACGGUCCGAUGCUUCACAUUACAGGUCAAAAACUCCACGCCGGCGUCCGUAUGGAUAUGGUAAAUAUUUUAAUUAAUUAAUUAAUUUUUUUAAUAUAUUCUAACUUCUUAAAUGUUUUUUAGGCCAAAGAAACAGGACACCUCCCGUCUCUUAAGGAUCUUUACGAGAGGACGCAGAAGAACAAAUCUAGGCAAUUUAUUGAUCCUAAGUCCGAGCAAAUCUACAACGAGGUGGUUGCUCGGAUUGAAGACCGCCAAACCCAGCUGACCCAACAGUCUCUCGAUGGAAUACCGGUCAGGCGGUCACAUUAUCCACACUUGAAGUGGAUCAGAUUUACGAAGAGGUAAAAAAUUUUAAAUCUUUUGUUAUUAUUAUUCAUUUAAUCUAUUUUUUUAUCACUAACGUAAAUUUUUUUUUAAGGUUGUCCAUAAGAAAAAUGGACGUACGCUGGGGAUUGGUUCCGUCAAUGAUGUUCCAAGAGCGACAUCGUCUAAUGGUCUGAGACGGGCUGAUGAAGUCACCCAGCUGCUUUCCGUGUUGAACUUGAUGCGGUCGGCGUUCACAGCUCGUAUGAGUUCAAUCGAAGGCUUUCUAAACAUUUUAGCGGCUGAAAAUCCUCAUUUGGAGACCAUGUUGGCGGAGAUGCAGACACAAAAUCCCGUUCCAGAGCCAUCCCACACACAGGAAGAUGAAGAAGAAGUGCGGAGGAGGAGUCAUGAGUUCUUCACCGAGAUGAACAAUAACAACCCUUAGUUUUUUUUCUUCUUUUUAUUUUGUAUUAUAAAUUUGAAACGUAAAUAUUUACAAAAUAUUUUCGUAUUGAUUUAUUAUAUACAUUUUUUAAAAAUUGGAAAUAAAUUUUUGAUUAUAUUAUUUUUUGUAAAAAAUAAAGAAUCGAAGCAAAUUCGUAGCUAAUUUACGUCUAAUUAACGAGGAAACUGGAAAUUGUUACCGAGGAAUUUACCAUGAAAGACACGCAGAUUCGUCGUAAAUUUAGACGAAAUUGAGCGUCUACUUUACGAGGAAAUUAUUUAUGUGUACUUUACGAGGAAAAUGUUUACGUGUAUUUUACGAGGAAAUAAUUUACGUGUACUUUACGAGGAAUUGAUUUACGUGUACUUUACGACGAAACUGUUCAUGUGGCCUUUACGAGGAAAAUGUUCAUGUGGCUUUUAGGAAAAAAUAAUGUACGUGACUUUUACGAUGAAAUUAUUGACCCCACUUUACGAUGAAACCUCUCCUCGGAAGUUUACGACGAAUUAGCGAGGAAAUAUACGUUACGACGACGUUUAACGAGGAAAUGAAUUUCAUAACUAAUUCGUCGUAAACUCUAUUUUAGGACGAAAUAAUCACGAAAACAAAAUAAUCACGAAAACAGUCGUUAUAAAUACGUUUUCUUGUAGUGUUAUAAUCGCUUACACCAUAAAGGAAAAGAAAAUCUGUUACCAAUUAUUUGAUUUUUUUCUCAAAAGUUAUAAUCGUUUUCAAGUAUUUUAUUUUCUAAUGGUAUGAGUUAUAACAACCGACCAAGAACACCAACUAUUAACUGCAUGAGUGUGAGUGUAUAAUUCAAUUUUGUCACCAAACGAUCUCUUUCUUUUAGUAGUUAUUAUGAUUGAUUAACUAUCCAUCCUUUUAUGAUCUUAUUAUUGUUGAUACGUAUAUGAUAUAUUUCCUCUGUUUUUGCAAUUUUUUAUUGUAACUCGUUUAAAUAAAAAUUGUUUGUUUCAAAAUAUAAUUAGUUUUCAUAAUUUUAAAUAACUUUUAUUUUUAUUGGGUUUAGCAUGACCAAUCAAAUAAUAUAUACUUAUUUACAAUUGGUUUAACUACAUUUAAUUUGUAUAUCAAAUACUACUUUUGGAAAAAUUAAGAAGGGAGUAUAUAAUGUAAGAGAUCAAACUACUGUUUGAAGUUUAUAAAACUGUAAAAUAUUGUUAUUAUAUGUUCAAAUGCCGUGUUUCUUGUUGAUUAAUCGAUGUGUUAACUGUUAAGCAAUCAAAUUUUAAUAUUAUUGUAAAGACAAAUUGUAUUUACUUGAGUAACUCGCUACUAACAUCAGCAGAUAUACAGCAUCAGAAAAUCGUAUCAAAACGAUAUCAUAUGAUUAUAAAGAAAACUAUAUCUUGAUUCACCAAGAAGUGACAAUCCCAUACACGACAAAAACAAGAAGUAAAUAGAGAAGCAAUGUUGCUUCAACUUGCAAGAAACUAUAGAGAAGAGUCAAAACAAUUAUGUGUAUAGUAUUCAAUUCGAUAUACAAAUAAAACAAAAAGAAAACAUUUCAACGUAAACAUAGAUAUAAAAAAAAACUUAUGAGAAAUUUUCCAGGUGGGCCAUGGAAAUCUUAAGGCAUAGAGAUGGGAUUUUUUGUCCAAACAAAGCAAAUCUAAUGGCUUAUUGCUUUAGGGUUGGACCCACAAGAAGAUUUCAUGUCUCACUUUCUCUUCUUCUCUAUAUAAACAGACUCACUGAUUAUUCUCUAACUCCUUCUUCUCCUCUUGAUCAUUUGCUGUCAAGUCUCAAAAACUGUUUCUUCUAAAUGAGACGAAAGGGUCACAGUCACGGAGCAGUGUCGCCUUGUGCCGCGUGUAAGCUUCUCCGGCGAAAAUGUGUGGAAGACUGCGUCUUUGCUCCAUAUUUCCCGGCUAAAGAGCCUUACAAGUUUGCCAUUGUCCAUAAGAUUUUCGGUGCUAGUAAUGUCAAUAAGAUGUUGCAGGUGCUGUCGGAAAACCACCGGAGCGACGCCGUGAAUUCGAUUGUGUACGAGGCUAACGCGAGGGUUCAGGAUCCUGUGUACGGAUGUGUAGGAAUAAUAUCAUCAUUACAGAGACAACUCGAGACUCUCCAAACUCAGCUCGCUUUUGCUCAGGCCGAACUGGUUCAUAUGAAAACGCUCCACCGUAUUGAUACUAAACCGCCACCCUACAUGGCGAGUGGCAUUAGUUUUCCGGCGAACAAAGACUUAUCUAAUGACGUCGACAUGGCUUUUGCGUACGAGAAUGGUGCCGGAGAGUCCCUUUGGUCGUGCUAGCUUUAGCCUGAUCUUAUCCUUGCAAUAGUUUUUUAAGAAAUGAUAAGAUUAUAUGCUAUAUAGCCUGUGUCAUAUGAACGUGGUAAGUGUAUAACUAAAGUAAAUCAAAGUAGCAACUAAAGAAUUAAGAUUAUAAACUUUGUUUGUCUGCCUUCUUUUUGGGGAUUUUAUUUUCCUUAGUUAAUGUUGGGAAAGUAAAAAAGAAAAAGAAAAGAUAGAGGCAUAACGAUGUAGUAUGUCUCUUUAAAUAUUUUUUUUAUCACUGUACUAUGUCUCUUUUGAAUAAAAUAAAUAAUGUCCCAUA